UCCCUAAUCUCUCCCUCCCUCCCUCCCUCUCUCUCUUUCUCUCUCUCACACACACACACAAAAACAACUUCUCCAUUGUAUCAUUUCAGCUAAGCAUAUUGCAUACAUACUAACUGUAUAUAUACACAUCAUACACAAGUAUAUAUACGACUACAGUCUGUAAAGAAACACUUGUUAAUUAUUACAUCAUGGAAGUCGGAUAUCAUCCGUUCACCAUCAAUCAAGAAGACAACCAAAACUCACCGGAAAACAGCGAUGAAUCUCCGCCAUCACCGCUCUUCCACGACAUCAAGGCAACAUCUACUUCAUCUCCUAAAAGAAGACGAGGAACACAGAAAAGGGUUGUGCACGUACCGAUCAAAGAAGUCGAAGGUUCUCGGCUUAAGGGUGAGACGAAUGCUCCACCGUCGGAUUCAUGGGCUUGGAGAAAGUACGGCCAGAAACCCAUCAAAGGAUCUCCUUACCCUAGGGGCUAUUAUAGAUGUAGUAGUUCCAAAGGAUGUCCAGCAAGAAAACAAGUAGAAAGGAGCCGGGCUGACCCUACUAUGGUGAUGGUGACGUAUUCUUGUGAGCACAAUCACCCUUGGCCGGCUUCUAGAAACAAUAAUCACCAUCAUCUCAACGCCGCAUCAUCACCUCCACCCAUCUCCACCGAAGCGAACAAUAUUAAUAAUGAUGACCAAUUGGAAGAAGAACAACCAAUUCAAACUGAUACUGAACUCGAGCCUAAGACUGAGCCUAAGCCUGAGCCUGAACAAAAGUUCACAAGUCUUGAGGUGGGAUCGAUAUCAUGUGGGCCAUUUGCAUCAACAAGUGACCAAUACGGGUGGUUCUCAUAUUUGGAUUCCACAACAUCAUCAUCAACCAUGCUUGAAAGUCCCUUGAUGGCUAGAGACAUAGUCGAAGAUAGCGACAUGACAAUGAUAUUUUCAAUUAGAGAAGAUGAAGAGUCUUUUUUCGCCGAUCUAGGCGAGCUGCCAGAGUGCGCUACGGUCUUCAGGCGGAGAGAGAUAGAAAGGGUGGAGGAGCACCAUCGGAACUUGGCUCCUUGGUGUGGUACUACCGGGUGAUCAUGAUAAUGCAACAAUUAAAAAGUAAUUAAAGAGAAAAAUGUUACCUAACCAAAUCUGUCUUUUACUGUGGGUAGGUAUUUGUAAAACUCCAAGAUUUGCAUACAGUGCGGCUAAAGAUACCGAGAGAAGAAUUUUAAAAAUCUUUACCGAUUUAAAUUCCUUUUUUUCUUUUAAUUUGUUAGAUAUAUGCCAAGAUUCAAGUGUCAUAAAUAAAAAAAAUUGGCCAGAAAGGUUUUAUUGGAGAGAAAUAUGUCUUGGAGUGGGUGUACUUAAGCAUUUUUUGGGCAUGGUA